AUGCGAGCUGCUGUGAGCCACAAGUUUGGUCAUGACCACAAGCUUGGCACACAGCCAUGGUCAGAACAUCCAAAAAUUGCUGGAAAGUCAAUUAGAAACCUGUCCCUCUCAGUCACAGUCUCACAAUACAUGGUUAGUCUUUGUCAAAGGAAGGUAUGGUCUGGUGAAGCUAUCACAAGUGCUCAAGCCAUAGAUGAAGUAACUAUGAAGCACCUAUGGGAUUUCGUCUGGGCAACACCAUGCAAGGAGUAUGGACCAACAUCUCGCAAACGAAAAGCUGAAAAUUCAGCAGAGUGGGCAGGGUUUGUGAUCCACAGUAUGCUUCUGCUACUUUAUUUGGUUUCAAUGAUCUGUCUCCUGCACUAUGAUGAGGCGUUACAGAUUACUUGGGGAGAUAUCACUUUCCAAGGCUUCCGACCUGCUGACUUUUGUGUGAGACUCGAGGUGUCAUUCAGGAAAACACAUCAAUAUAGAGGGAUAGCACCAUUCUACGUAUAUGCUGAUGAGCAACAUCCAUGGAUGUGCUUGGUGCAAACAUUUGCAGUUUGGUGGAUGCUAGCAAGGGAGAAGUGUGAGAAUCUUGAUGGGUUUGUUUUUAAGAAAAUUGGCAUAGACAGUAUCAGUGUCAAUCCCACUGAUGGCAUGACCUCUGAUGCAUUCCUUGAAUGUUUCUGUAAUAACCUCCUGGAUAUUGGUGUGGACCCACAUCCUUAUGGUACUCACUCCUUCAGACGGGGUGAAUGCCAAUUUUUAUACAAGGUAUGCAGAUGGUACUUCAGGAACAUCUGUGAUUGGGAAGGAUGGGAGCAAGGACCCUUGCCAUGCUUGUGGUAG